UCGGGGGGAAAGUUUGAUGUGGCAGGAGGGGACAAAAACAGACGCGCUUACAGUCAGCCUGCCUGGAAGUCACAAGGCAUAGGGAAAUAAGAGAUUUGCCAGGAAAGCAAAAGCGACCAGUAGAAAUCCCCGGGACUUUUGCUUUCACUUUCAGACCCGUCGAUCUUCGUGCCGGAGCCGCGCUAGGGACACCUUCGAGCGCAACAGACGGAGACUUUCGCUUGUUUCAGCUGACAACCACCCGAAGAAGAAAACAGGGAAGGGGGGGGAGAAGACCCAUGGGGCCGGUCUCCAGAAACAAUGCUCUGGUGGAUUACAGGCAUCCGGGAUCCAUUCCAAGGAGAAAGAAGUGAAAACUGAGGCGUGGCCUGCAGCUGCAGGUAAACAACCUUCAGGGGCCUAGAGGAGUUGGAUUCUCCCCCUUGGAAGCCUCAUCUCGCGAUCAUGAUUUUGACUAGCAUACUCGUCGCAGUCCAUCUGCUCUGCUCGGAAGCGUGCAUCGAUGGGGAGUAUGAAAUUAACGGGGAGUGUUGUCCAAUGUGUGGUCCAGGAUACAGAGUUUUCAAAUCCUGCACCUCUAUUUCCAGUACAAGCUGCCUUCCUUGUAUAGAAGGGACAUAUAUGGACCACCCACAUGGCCUGACCAGUUGCUUUCCAUGUCGGAACUGUGAUUCAGGAUCCAACCUGACGAUUAAAGAAAGAUGCACUUAUACACAGAAUGCGGUGUGUUCCUGUGCUUCAGGUUACUACUGCACACACUUUACUGGUGAAGACUGUGACUCGUGUCAAAAACACACUGUCGCCCAACCAGGUUAUAUGGUGACGCAGGCUGGCACCGAAACCACCGAUACCCAGUAUGUGCCUUGCCCGCCUGGCACCUUUUCAACGGAAGCGAUGUCCUUCUCUUGCAAACCAUGGACCAACUGCAGCGAAUCAGGCCGCACGGAAGAAAAAGCUGGAACAACAACUUCCGAUGCAGUUUGCAAAAAAACACUUAUAUAUGGUGACAAAAACUUCCACAGUCACAUAAUAGCAUUUAUAAUCCCUUGUCUCUUCGUUCUAUUGCUUGCUGCCGCAUUAAUUUAUUUCUUCUGGAGAAGAAAGAGGAAGUCUGAAAUAAUAGCUGCUGCUAAGCAAGAGGAAAACCUAGAGAAAGAUUACCAGACCGUUCCAGUGACCGAGACCAAUAUGGUGGAGCCUAUCCAGGAGACGACUCAAAAUGGCAGCAAGCCGGCAUACAAAGCGGUUUACCAAAACCGUCUACAGCUUUGAGGGAAAAUGGCGGUACCGUUGUCAGCGAGAAGUAUGUCCAUGUCACCUGUCUACAGUUUUGGAAUAAUCCUCUGGAAGGAUACUCUCUUUGUGUACUCUUCUGAGCCCGAGGACAUCGUUGAAGCGACAUGUUUGUUUUCCUCUGGACUAAACAGAAACAAGAGAAGGUGGCAAAAUCAUGUACGGAAGUGAAGAGAGGAAAGCGGAAUCCAGGUUCACCAUUCCAGGCAUGCUAGUCUAGAUGGGGAUCCACAGACUGGGAAAUCCUGUGAUUUUUCCAUAUUAUGGUUGGGUUGGGUCUCUGGUCUUGGUGCUGUGGGGGCGGGGGCUACAGAGAGUCUUGGUUUGCGGCCUGCGGUUGUUCUUCCUGUCGCUGGAAGGAAAGACAACACAACGGAGCUUCCAAGAUCCCAGAGGUGCACUACAAUGAGUACAGCAAAAUAUCCCCCAACCAAACUUGAUCUGGGGAAAAGGGACUUUGUUUUCUGACCACCUAAUAUGGCAACUAGUUAGACUGUUUCGGAGUCUGUCUUUUUCUUUUGAGGGAUUCGAAACCUCCAAAGGCAGCCCUACAAGAUGAUAGAGCCGAUAGGGUUGAUCUCAUAGACAUGGAAACCAUCUCAGAGCUCACCCAAAUGGGCUUUCCUCAGAAACUCCUUGUAUGCACUUUGAAUGCCUCUGGAGGCCCCAGUUCAACAAGUACCGUAUCAGAGCAUGUCAUAGUUCACAUUUGUUAGCACUAAACAUGAGAAUUAGACCUUGUUAGAAUGAUACCAGAAGCACCCGGCUUCCACACACGGCUUGGGGUCAAGCUCACAGCACACAAAGGUAGCCCAUGACCAUUAAGCGUGUGGCCAUGGUUGCCCAGGCAACAAGGAAAGAGGAAGGAGUAGGCCGCAAGGAUGGCAGUGUUAGGGAGUCAUGGGCCUGUUGCCUUGGGAUGGGAAUGGCAAGACUUGGAUGUCUCUGGAAGGGAAGGGUCCAGAGACAUGUUCCACCUGCCAGCAGGUGAGUUCCACGUCCCCUUUCACGGCCUGUUCCUUCACCUCCACUGAGGGAAUUGUCAGUGGCAGAGUAAGGAACAGUAGCCGGGUUACAGGGCAGGCAAUCGGGCUGCAUUCCCAGAACAUCCAGGGCGCCUUCAUUCAUGCAAACACCAGAAUCGUCAUCAACUGUCACGAUUCUCUCUCUACUUGGGACUGAACCGUCAGAGGUGGAGAGGUGUUUGGAACUCUGUGUGUUUCAGGGCUAUUUUUGGGCAGGAACACACAGGAACAGCGUUUCGGCUGGCUCCUGAGUUGGCCACA